AUGUCGACGCACCUCUUCAUUCCGAAGGGCUUGGUUCACAGGUUCGGCAAGGUGUCUACCACGGCCCUGGGAUGGUUCCUGAUGGCAGUGCGUCGUCCGGAGGUGGAUUCGGUACGGGCGGAGCGUGCCUCUUGGUUCCUGCGUCAUCCCGGCUCAUUGGCUACCCGAGACAUCGAGCAGCAUGUGGACGACACGGCGCUGGGCAACACCAGGAAGCCAGGCGCAUCGCAGGUCACGCCGCUGGUCAAAGCUCGGCUCCAGCUUAUUGAGCAGGGCUCCCGGCACGAGGCAGUCCGGGGCGCACUCACCGACGCCGACCUGGCGGCGGCUCGCGCAGCGAAGCGCAGCGGGAUUCAUGCAGCUGCUGCCGAGUCCGUGGGCCUCGCGCGUGCCAAAUUCAUCACGGGCCCUGUUCGAGAUUCCCUGCGGUCCCGCGCGGACCUCAGGCAGCGCGCUGCCCGCUGCGCGCCCCCCGUGGCAGCCACGGUUGUCAACGCGGUGGUCACCAAAACUGCUGACUGCAAGGCCGCUGGCACGAGCUCAUGGGGGAAUUCGCGCCUCAAGAACAUCGCCGCCACUGACGGUGGCCUCGCUGCUCUCACCGGCUGGGUCCAAGCGUGGGUCUCUGCUUCCGUGCCAGAGGUCAUGGCGACGCCAUGGCGCGCAGCUCUCGGCAUCUCGUUGCGAAAAAGGCCUGCUGGCGACGACGUCCGGCCCAUCAUCAUCGGAGAAGCUUUGCUCUCCCUUCCAGGGGCGUGCUUGCAGGAAAUCUUCCAGAGCAAGGCGGCCAACCUCCUUUCGGACACCCAGCUCGGCAUUGGAGUCAAGGCGGCUCCCGAGACUCUGCUGGCUUUGGGCAAGGCGCUAUCUCGUCUGUGCCCUGGCGAUGCUUUCUGCGCCUUUGACUUCAUCAACGCCGUUGGAGAGAUCUCGCGGGCGGAGAUAAUGGAGGAGGUCCUCGCAGAAUUGCCCGGGAUGCGUAUGGACGACAUGCUCGCGAACAUCGAUCCGAACCUAGCUCACGCAUGGCUGCCUCUACUCACGGACGCCCCUGCCACGGCGAAGUUGCGCCUCAACCUCUCCAAAUCGAAGGUCUGGAUACCUUCGGCUGGCCAUGGCGUCCUGCACCCCGUCCUCCGGCGCAUGGGCCUCUCCCAGGUCUUCGACAAUCUGGAGUUGAUGGGCGGCGCGUCCACAAAGCGGCUGAGGCAGGCCGAAGAGCUAGCCGCGGCGUUCCACACCAUGCUGCGCACGCCCCUCGCGCAGCCCGUCCACCGCACCGUGUGGACCCUCCUCGACAAGGUUCUGAACACGGCUCUGGACUACGACGCCCGCAUUCUUCACCCGGAGUCCUUCUCCACCCUCGCGGAGCGACCAGAUCGAGUUGUGUUGGCCACGUCCUGUCGGGAUGCGCGUACUACCCGCUUCACGGCCCAGCAGUAA